AGGCUUCUUUGAGCUCGCAGAGUAGACAUCAUGAGCAAAGCACACCCUCCCAAGUUGAAGAAAUUUAUGAACAAGAAGUUAUCACUGAAAUUAAAUGGUGGCAGACAUGUCCGAGGAAUAUUGCGGGGAUUUGAUCCCUUUAUGAAUCUUGUGAUAGAUGAAUGUGUGGAGAUGGCAACUAGUGGGCAACAGAACAAUAUUGGAAUAGUGGUAAUAUGAAGAAAUAGUAUCAUCAUGUUAGAAGCCUUGGAACGAGUAUGAACAACGGCUGUGUUCACCAGAGGAAUCAACUGCUUCCAUGUGUCCCCUUCUCCACAUUUUACUACCAGAAAAACUGGGUUGUGUACAUUUUCUAACUUUUUUGUUAAAUAAACUUUUGUAAUAGCCAAAAAA